AUACGGUAAGCUGAAAUUUAAUUUUUCACAUCAUAUUAAAUCCUUCAUCCUUAAUACAUAAGAUAAUUAAUCCGGGCUAGUCACGAUGUUUGUAUCACGUUGAUAAAACACGAAAUGACGUAAUUUUCUUUUCUUUUUUUACUUCUUCCGAAUUCCGAUCACUUGAUGCAUAGUUAAAAAGGCGUAGUUAAAAUCAAUGUUGCAACGAGUAUUAGAUAUUACGCACGAUGACGCAUCGCCAAUAAAUUGAUAAAAUGUAUCAUUUCGGCACAAGAAUUGUGCCUUUGAUAUAAUUGCAAACGCAGUUGCAGUUCAUUUGCAGUAAAUGUUGAUUAGGAAUCUUGAUUGAACAUACACAAUCACAUACGCAAAAUAUGGAUUCAAUGGAGCAUAAAAUACCCAAAGUUAAAUGUCAAACAUCCAAUGUGGGGAACAAUGAACCUUUAUUUAAAUUAGACGUGCCAGUUACCAUACCUCUAAAUAUAAGUUCAACAAAUAACUUUAAUGUUAAUGAUGAAGAUAGUUUAUCUUUUGUAGUGCUAGGUAAAGAUUCAGUAGAUGCAACUCAGGCUUCUGUAUUAGCGUCAUAUGUUGACAUUCAGCAGAAAAGCAUGUCAAUUGAUUAUACAUCGAUAGUUUCGUCACUGAGCACAGAUGAGAUGCAAAAGAAAUUGACUGAUAUGUUGCAAGAAAACGUGAAAUUAAAAGAAACGUUGAAGCAAAACACUUCAGCCAUGAAAGAACAAUUUAAUACAUUGGCAAUGUGGCAAGAGGAGGUGAUGAAGGUUCAUGAGACUCAUAAAAAAAAGUUUGCAGAAACUAGAGAGCUCGUCACUCAUCUUCAGAAAGAAAACGCUGAACUAAAAACUAAACUAUCACAAUUGCAACAUACUGAAAGCAUGGGAUUUGAGACGAUUGGUACAAUUCCCAAUAGUACCACUGAUGUUUGUACUGCUCACACAGAACUUCAGCAAAUUAUGCCAAAACUCAAGACUGCGAUGUCAAAAAUGGAUCUUGAAGAAUGCAAACAUUAUAUAACAUGUAUAAUAUCUGAAAAAUUUGCUGAGAAAGCAUUACAAGAUAAACUGGAAGAAUUAAAAAUAGAAAAAGAAUUAGACUCAGCAAUGAAAUCAUUAAGUUGUCUUGACAGUCAAGCUUUUAUAAAAAUUAUAGAAAAUCAGAAAAGUUUGGAAGGAAAAAUUGAAGAAAUCAAACAUUUGAAAGAAUCCAUUGCUUUGCUUGAAGAAAAGCUGCAAUGUGCUCUCACUCCCAUUCAACUACCCGAAAUAUCGAAAUCGUCGUCCAGUCUAAGCCACCAGAAAUUCGUGCAAAAUAUAAAGCAAUAUAAUGAUUUAUUACAAGAGUUAACUGAAUGUUACGUACGACAAAUAGAACGUUUUGCUACCAUAGAAAAAAGUUUAAAAGAGAUUACAGAUAUACUUAUGCUACUUGAUGAUGACAACUUGAAAAUGCAGUUUUAUCAAUACAGAGAAAAAUUAUGUCAUUGCUGCAAACAGUUAGCCGAUGAACAGGUGAAAAUUAUCUCAGAUAGGCAGACUCUGAUUAAAUCGCAAAAGCAGUUUCAGAAUAUAUUCUCAGAUUAUAAUUCCAUUUUAUAUGAAUUAGAAAUAACGAUCUAUGAAAAUGCGAAAUUGAAUGUUCUAAAGAAUAAAAGCGCUCGUGAAAACAUGCAGAAGUUGGAGGAAUUAGAACAAAUUAAGCACGAUAAGCAAUUCUUUGAAGAGGAAAAAAGAAUUUUAAAUCAAGAGAAGGAUAAUUUGGAAGAAGAAAAAAAAUUACUUGAAAGCCAGAAAAAGAGCUUAGAUAUGGAACGCGUAUUGUUAUGCGACGAAAAAAAACUUGUGAUGCAAGAAAAAGUCAAUCUGAAUGAAGAGAAAACGUCACUCGAUUAUCAAAGUCAAUUAUAUGAAAAUUGCGAGAAAGCUCUGCAAAAAGAGAAAAAGCUGUUGCAAGUUUACUGCGAAGAGCUGCUGGACAAGGCAAAUAUCCUGGAACAGAAAGCUGAGAAGAAGAAUAUUGAAUUUAAAGAAGUAAUGGAACAACUUGCACAAAAAACGGAAGAGAUUAAUCUGUUAAGAUCACAAUUAGCACUCUACGAAGAAGACUUCCAAUGUGAGAAAAAUCUUAAGGAAUCCUUGCUAGAAGAGAAAAGUAAAUUGGAGAGGGAAUUGCAGAAACAAAUAGAAUAUAACAAACAAAUACAAAAUUUUACGGACGAGCAGACUACCAGCUCUAAUAAUGCAAAUAAAUCUAAACCAGACAGUGACAAAUGCAGUGGAUAUACGAAAGGCGGCAAUGCCAUUGCACAAGCAAAGCUGUCAUUUUAUCAGAAAUAUCGAAAUAUCGUUUUAAUGAAGCAAUGAUUAAUUAAUAUUUUUAUCCAGAUUUUAAAAUUUUUUUUCUCAAAUUGACUUUUCUCGUUUUAUUUAUAUAGUAGACAUCUAGAUUAGUUUUACUUCUCUAUUGUAAUAUUUUAUUAUAAUUCUACAAUUGUCAUUCAAAUAUAUAGCACUCAUGUCGUGCAAUUGGCAUUGCUGAUAGUUUUUUUAA